AUGUCGCGGAAUCGCUGGGAGAAGAUCAAGGCUAACCUCCACUUCAAGAACAAUGACAGCAUGCCUUGCCCGAAUGACCCUCACAGGGAUCGUCUAUUCGAUGUGCGACCUCUCAUCGAUCUUUUGUUGCCACAGUUCGGGAGCUUUCCUCAAGAUCAAGCCUUGUGUGUAGACGACCAAAUGGUGUCCUUCAAGGGUCAUUCAAGUCUGAAGCAGUACAUCCCCAGUAAGCCCCAUAAAUGGGGACAUAAAAUGUAUGUACUCUGCGACUCACGAGACAUCGUGCACUUGUUUGACAUCUACACAGGGACGAUAGACCCAGUGCCAGGAGAGCCAGGCAUAGGGGCAAGCGGAAACAUAGUUUUGAAGCUUGCGCAGGUGAUUCAGCCGGGCCUGAACCACUUACUAUUCUGCGAUAACUGGGUCACGUCGUUGAAGCUACUCACAACUCUGACAAAAACAGAAAGUCCUUUGUCUCGGGACAGUUCAAUCAAACCGCCUUCAAGGUUGCCCGCUGCCAAAUGA